AUGAAUUCAAAUUCGGAUAUAGAAUAGAAUAACCACGGGUCCUUUGUGAAUUAGAAUAAUGAUAACUAUGGUCAAUAUGAAAUGAUGCCAUCAACUGGGGGAGUUAUGAGUGUUGUAGAGAGAACAAAGCUUUGGGCUGAAUACAAAGAAAAAAAAAUCAAGGAUGCCAAAGAUUAGAAAGAUAAAUAAGACAAAGACUCUACAGACUGUACCUUUAAGCCAUAGAUUAACAAUUAUCAGAAUAAGAGACGUACAGCAAGAGGAGUUAACUAAGAUGACUCAAUGGCAGCUAAUAAAGGUCUCGAUAAAUAUAUGCAAAGAAUGGAUAAAGCCAGGGAAAUGAAAGAAGAAAUGCAGAUACUUGAAGAAAAACUGUUUAAAAAGGGUCAGAAUUGGAAACCAAAGCUGACAACACCAGUUGAACCAAAACUAAGUUCAUACAUCAAGAAAAAUGAAAAGGAAAGUUAAAACCCUUCGAACAUUAAAUCUUUAAACAAACCAGUGAAUCCAAUCAUAAAUGAUUACUCUAAAUUGCAAAAGUCGCAAGCUUCAAGAUCGAAUGAUGAACAGGAGGAUGGAGAUAGAAAUGGGUUUAGUCCAUCACAGAUAAAGAAUACUUAAGAUUUUGUUAAGCUAACUCAAAAAUGCAAAGGCCAGUUCGUUGAAUUAAGAUCAGAUAUGAAUUACGAUGAAGCAAUAAGUCUUAUACAUUAGCAUAUUCUUAACCUUGACAUUUGA